AUGGCUGGUCAUGCAAGCAUGAAGGAGAAACUGCCCGAUCACAACGGUACUGAGCGAUUCCGCGAGUUCAAUUUGGCCGGGAAGGUUUUCGCAGUGACCGGCGGCGCUCGAGGACUGGGCUUAACGAUGGCGGAAGCAUUGGUUGAGGCCGGAGGGGAAGUGUAUUGUCUUGACCGGCUCCCCGAACCAGAUGCCGAGUUCCACGCUGCGCAGAAGCGAGCGAACCCUGACUUUGGAGGUGCCCUGCAUUACCUUCGUAUGGACGUCACGGAUGAUGCCAAUACCGAAGCCGUCAUGGAAGAGAUCGCAAGCAAGAGGAACCGCCUUGACGGACUGAUCGCAGCCGCAGGCAUCAACCACGUUGAGUGCGCAUUCGACCACAGUCCAAAGACCGUCGACAACCUCAUCCACGUAAACUACACCGGUGUAUUCCGAAGCUCUGUCGCCGCAGCACGUGCGAUGAUGGCACGGAAAUGCCACGGCUCGAUCCUUCUCGUGGCGAGUAUGAGCGGUCUGAUUGCAAACAAGGGAAUGGCGUCGGCGAUCUAUAACUCGUCGAAGGCAGCAGUCGUCCAGCUGAGUCGCAGCCUUGCGAUGGAGUGGUCGGAAGUCCGAGAGGAUGGGCGUGGCGGUAUCCGUGUGAACAGUCUGUGCCCAGGGCAUAUCGAAACGGCGAUGGCACAGAUGGUGAUGGAGAAGGAUCCGGAAACAAGGGUAACUUGGGAAAGCGAGAAUAUGAUGAAGAGGUUGGCGAGGCCGGAGGAGUUUCGAGGUGUUACGUUGCUGCUGAUGAGUGAUGCGAGCAGUUUCAUGACUGGGAGCACCAUUGUUGUGGACGGAGGCCAUACAGCUUGGUAG